AUGUCUACUACCGUCAACACAAUAACGGACGAACAAGUUGCAGAAGUUCAUGUUUCUGAUGAAAAUAAAUCCAAUCUGUUGAGUAGUGAACGAUCACUUAUGGGUUUCGUAUUUGGGGUUCGUGAAUGUGUUCUUGGUACUUAUUCAUGUUCAGCUGAUACUCAUAGCAGCAAUCCAAUUAUUGGUAUUUGUUCGCGAAACAUACUACCCAAACCUGCUGAGCUACUUCGAGGCUCAUAUGGCGUUGACCGUUCGACGUACGGCUGGGAAAAAGAUUUACGGUCUUGUUCUUAA